GUACAAUUCCUUUAUUUCCCUUUCCGGAAAUUUGAAUGGAAAAUGGCUCUUCUGUUUACUUUAGGCCCAUGAUCACUUUUUCAAUGAAAGAGGAUAAGAAAGAGAGAGACUGAAUUUUCAUGGUCAGCUUUGUGGCUUUGUUUAUAUAUUACAAAUAAUUGUGUCUUGAGUAGAGAAUCUAAGUGAUUGUUGAACUAAGCCCAACAUCAUCAUUGGAUCUGGUCCUCUGGGUAUAAUUUGCAGUGUCAUCAUAAAAGACAUCAAGCAGAAUGUUAUGUUGAGGAUGUCUACUGUAAUUAAAUAUCAAUGGUUCUUUGGUUCUCAGCAACUUUGUGACCACCUCCCUUUUUUUCAUCUGUGUUUGGGUUGAGACAAGAAAGACCCAGUCAAAGCCAUUGUUUUUCACACCAUAUACCCCACAAGAAAGUGAAAUAACACUAUCCUAUGUUUGAGAUUCCUUUUAUUCAAAACAUUAUUCUGGGAGUAUUUCUUACCUCAAACCUGUCCUUACUCCCAGUUCCCAUGAUAGUUGGGGGGUUAGCUUAUCUUAUCUAUUUAUCAGGUUCUUGAACUCUGACAGUGUACUACUAGAAGCAAAACAAAUUAGCAAAAAAAAAAAAAAAAAAAUCAUUCUCCUACCCAACAACACUUUAAAGGUGCGGCCUACUUUGCUUUACUUUCUCACAUGAAGACAAGCAUGGCAAAGAGUUUCCAAGAUUUGUCCUCCAAGAAACAGUUCAACUGGACAACUAAAGUCAGCAAUGAAGAACAAGAAGAAGAAGUAGCAAAAGAUCCAUCCCUUAAAGCCUCCUCAAACACAACCAACACUGAAGAUAGAAAAACAGACAACACAAAGUUGUCUCCUUUGAAACCCCCAGAAGUCUCAAACACAAACAACACUGAAGAUGGAAAAUCAGACAACAUAAAGUUAUCUACUUUGAAACUUCCAGAACUCUCAACCUCCAAAUCUUCUUCCUUAAACACUACUCAUGAAGACAAGACACAGGACAAGAAGAUAAAUCAAGAAUCAGCUUCAGCAAAGAGGAAAGCAGUGGCCAGGCUGAAAUCAGUACUAACAUCACUUGGUAGAAACAGAGGAAAUUCCCAACAAGGCUUAGGAACCAAAGUUAUAGGUACCCUUUUCGGACACAAGCAUGGGCAUGUACAUUUUGCAUUUCAGAAAGAUCCCAAUUCACAACCAGCCUUCUUGGUAGAACUAGCAGCUCCCAUAAGUGGAUUAGUCCACGAAAUGGAAUCGGGCUUGGUUAGGAUUGCAUUGGAAUGUGACAAGGCAGACGAGAAGAAAUCAACUAGACUCAUAGAUGAGCCUCUGUGGAGGACUUGUUGCAAUGGCAAGAAGUGUGGCUUUGCAACAACAAGGGAAUGUGGUCCGAAAGAAUUGCAGAUUCUGAAAGCUGUGGAGCCUAUCUCUACGGGUGCUGGUGUUUUGCCAGGGAAUUCAGAAGAGAGUGGUGAAGGUGAUUCAGGGGAUAUGAUGUACAUGAGGGCUAAGUUUGAGAGAGUUGUGGGGUCUAGAGAUUCAGAGGCAUUCUACAUGAUGAACCCUGAUUGUGAUGGAGCUGCUGAACUUAGUAUCUACUUGCUCAGAGUCUAAUUAAGCAAAGACAGGUCCAGGAUUUUAAUUUUAUGGGCUCACGACUCGGGUUUCAACCACUGAACCAUCAUCUUGUUUGAGUUAUGGGUUCGUCGUUCAAUAUUUUCAGCAAUUUCAGUGGAUUUUAAGCAGACAAAUCCAGGUCUAGGCAGAAAGUAAUGGGCUCAAAUGGAUCCACAGUUAUACUACUAGAUCAGCCCCUUUAAUUAAGUAGCCAUGCGUAGGCUCGACCAC